AUGGACCGUGAGCUUCACCCUGGCGACCCUUCGGCGUUUCCUGCGGAUCCUGGGCACUUUACUGGCGACCUUCCUCGCUUCUACGCGACCUUUGGAGCCCCCGUUGGAGGCUCCACUGUUGCGCCCACGAAAGUUUCAGCACCGCCACCGGCGCCCAACCUCACCAACAAAGACAGCACGACUUCGCCUCCAGCGUUUCGACCGGCGAAAUUUGGUCGACCAUUUCGAGGGACGCCAAAAGACGAAGGCCACCGUGCGCGACGCUUCAUUGCGAAGAUCGAGAUGAUUCGGCGCACCACCCCCGGCGUCGCGAACGCCCAACUUCGCUACGGAACCAUCGACUCAUCGCGAAGCUACUUCGAGCUGCGCAACAUGAAGGUCGGCGAAUCGGAGAGCCUGCUGAACUUCGGCCAACGACUUCGCGACCGCAUCUUCGAUGCAAACGUGGUGGACGAGAACGUCAAGAUCACCAUCUUCAUCAACUCGCUGGCGGAGCCGUUGAAGUCUCAGCUCAACACUCGUCUGCCGGCCACGUUCGACCAAGCCGUGGACGAAGCCGACUUCCUCAGCCGGCGAAUCCAGACGACUACGAUUCCGAUCCCUACGAUGAGUACGAGUACAUCUACGAUAACUCGGCGCUCAACCCCACUGGCGCAGCCUUCUUGA